AUAAUAUCUUCUUGCCCAUCUUGGAAACCCAAAAUCUUUUAUUUUUGGUUGAGCUUUGAAACAAAGCUCCCAUUCCUGCAGUGCCACAAUGGACACACACUCUGUUCAAGCUGCAAAGCAAGGGCACUCAACAAAUGUCUCAGUUGUAUGCAGCAGCUCGGUAAUAUAAGGUGUCUUGCACUGGAGAAGAUGGGCAUGUCACUUGAACUGCAUUGCAAGUAUGAGGAGUUUGGAUGCCCUGAGAUCAUCCCUUACUACACCAAGUGCAUACAUGGACUGUGUAACUUCCGGCCAUACAGCUGUCCAUGAUCUGGAUGGGAGUGCUCUGUUGGGGAUAUUCCAUUCCUUGUUUCUCACCUGACAGAUUAUCACAAGGCAGACAUGAUCUGUGAGUUCAAAUGUCGAUUUUUAAUUGCUGAUGUCAAUGAAGAAGAAACCUGCACAUGGAUGGUAAAAAUCAUCAAUUGUUAUGGCAAAUACUUUUGUGUUCAUACUGAAGCCUUCUUUCAAGCGUCGACUCCCAUUUGCGUGGUAUUCCUCAGCCUGACAGGCAACCAUGCAGAGGCCUGCAACUACAGCUGCAGCCUGGAGAUAGGGGGAAAUGGGCGGAAGCUUACUUUUGAGGGCAUCCCACGAAGCAUUAGAGAGAGUGAGAGGAGUUUGGAGAGUGCGGACAGUCUCAUUGUGCUGGGAAGCAUGGUGCAUUCCUUAGGAGGGGAGACGAGAGAGCCAAAACUUGAAAUUACAUGUCGGAUACGGAAAUCCCAGAUUCCAAUGUGUGCAUGUGUGGAUAAAACCGGUUGAUUGAUUGAUAUGAGAUUCAUCCUCUGUAGUUUAUCUUUCUUUCCACUCUGUAAACAAAGACGAAGAAGACAUGAGCAGAACAUGAAAGAAUUGAUUGGGUAGAUUCGUGGAUUGAAUUAAUACAUCCAGUGAUACAUGAUAUAAAAAUUUUUGACUUUACAAAUAUUUAUAUUAUUUUUUCCUUUA